AUGCGAGCAAGUAUAGAGUGGAGAAAGAAAGGCGAAGAAAACCCUGUGAAAGUUAAAAUUCGUUUUUUUGCGAAAAAAGUAUUGGAUAAGAAUUUUUUGGAAUUGGAGGCAUCUCCUACUGUUGGAUUUCUUACAUUGGUACCUGACACUAUAAAAUCAUCUGAUUUGGUUAUAAACGAAUUUAAAAUAAAUGCAAAUGUUUCAAACCGAUUCGCAAAGACAUUGAUAACAAGUAAAGUGAAAAAUCCAGAUGACAAAGCAAAAGAAGCUGUAUUUAGCGUUGUUUUACCAGAAAAAGCUUUCAUUUCUGAAUUCGUUAUGGAAAUUAAGGGACAAACGUAUAAAGCAUACGUUAAAGAGAAAGAGGAAGCUGAAAAUAUUUAUAAUAAGGCAAUAGAAAGGGGUCAAAGUGCAGGAUAUGUUGCAUUAAACGCAAGGGAUUCCAACAGAUUUACCGUAUCUAUAAAUGUUGAACCUGAAACUAAAGCAAUAUUUCUGCUUACAUACGAAGAGCUUUUAGAAAGAAAAAAUAAUCAGUAUGAACUCAUUUUAAAUAUACAUCCUGGACAAAUUGUGAAAGAUCUGCAUAUACAAGUUCAGGUAAAUGAAAGCAGACCAUUAAAAUUUAUAAGAACACCAGGUCUUCGAUCCGGAAAUGAAAUAAGUAAAAAUGAUGACAACUUGAAUACGGAUGCACAUAUUCAAAAACUUACUCCUUCGAGUGCUAUAGUUACAUUUAAACCAGAUAUCGUCCAGCAGAAGAAAUUUAUACAGAGCUUAGGUGGAAACGAAGCUAAGGGACUAACUGGUCAGUUUGUAGUGCAAUAUGAUAUAGAAAGAAACUCGACAGCUGACGAGGUUUUACUUGAAGAUGGAUAUUUUGUUCAUUUCUUUGCACCAGAUGAUAUACCACCACUUCCAGAACACGUUGUAUUUAUACUUGACACUAGUGGCAGCAUGUAUGGUACCAAGUUGAAUCAAGUAAAAGAAGCCAUGGCCAGUAUAUUGAGCGAAUUAAAAGAAACCGACAUAUUUCAUUUAGUUGAAUUCAAUACCAACGUUUAUGUUUGGGAUAUUGAAAAUGGAAAUAAAACACAAGUAAAUAUUACCGACGACUAUGUACCUUAUGAAGAUAUAUACAAAGCGCAACUUCCCGAUGCAGUUCUAGCUACUAAGGAGAAUAUUGCUAAAGGAAAAGCUGUGAUAGAAAAACUUAAAGAUGAAGGCAUCACGAAUAUUUUGUCUAGUAUUGUAACUGGUUUGCAUCUAACUAAAUCCACAUAUAAAAAACAGCAAGAUCUGUCUAAACAUCAUCAACCUAUUAUAGUCUUUCUAACAGAUGGAGAUCCGACAGCUGGAAUAAUUAAUACUGAACAAAUCGUUAACAUUAUUGCAGACUUGAAUUCAAAAGAACAAAAAAUUCCCAUAUUUUCAUUAUCUUUUGGAAAUGGUGCAGAUAAAUAUUUUCUAAGAAAACUUUCCUUGAAUAAUUUUGGAUUUUCAAGACAUAUAUACGAAGCAGCUGAUGCUUUCCUCCAACUUGAGAAUUUCUAUAAGGAAAUUUCAUCGCCUUUACUCUCAAAUGUUCAUUUCAUAUACGAUACUGAAGUUCAACAAGUGUCUAAAAAAGAUUUUCCUAUUUUCUUCAGAGGUUCGGAAUUAGUUUCUGUAGGAAAAUAUAAAGGACCAUUUGUGUGCACUGUAGAAGGUUUUGGAAUUGAUGGUCUCAAUACAGUUUCGUCAACAAUAGAAACUCCAGUUUCUCCUUUAGAAAGACUUUGGGCUUACUUAACCGUUAAAGAAAAGCUGGAAUUAAGAGAAACUGUUGAAAAUGACACUCAAUUGAUACAAGAAGCAUUAGAUCUGGCUCUUCGUUAUUCAUUUGUGACUGAUGUUACUUCUUUAGUCGUGGUCAAACCAAAUGAGACUAGUUCUGUGGAUACUGUAGACGCUUCUGUGGAUGGAGGAGAUCAGCUAGAUAAUUCUGUUUCGGCUGUAGGACUACGAUUUGGCAGUGAAGAUGAUUUUCCUAUUAAUCUCUAUGAAGAUGAUAUGGAUGUAUUUGACGUACCAACUGACUCUUCUACGAUGAUCGAGCCUUUAGACAUAUGUGAAGAGAUACCAUGGAUUAAUGAAACUUUGAAUGCCAAUAAUAGAUUUACUAUAUCAGGACAUGAAUACGAACUUGGUGAAGAUGUGAUAGAUAUUCCAAAAGUAAAUUGUAUGAAAACGCCACUAAAUGAUACGACACUGGGCCAAUGUGUUUUGUUACAUAAAUGCUUUCAUAUGUUAUUAAAUCUGAAUACUUUUCAAGAUUAUCAAGAAUAUUUUUGUCCAUUAGAGAAUAAGUAUGCUGGAAUUUGCUGUCCCAUAUAAAAAGGGAAUAAUUUUCAUCUUUAUUGAUAAUUUUUCAAGUGUAAUUAAAUAAAUUUAUUAAUUAUA